AGGCAGUAGAAAGACUGCGCGUCUUCCUUUUUCUUCUUCUUCUUCUUCUUCUUCUGCUGACCCGCGUGCAUCCCAGAACCAUGGGGAGACUGGACGCCAUCCGGCAGUUUAAUUUACUCAGCUGGCUCCGAGAGGAGAGACAAUCUAGGAAACUCAUUCUCGUCAUUGUUUUUGUGGCUCUCUUGUUGGAUAACAUGCUGCUCACCGUGGUCGUGCCCAUCAUCCCGAGCUACCUGUACAGCCUGGACGUGUCGGCAGCCGUGGUGUUGAACACCUCAUCACAGCAGCAGACACCCCCAGCGACCUUCGAUCGGGUCGUGUCAUUGUACGACAACACGGUGAGGUCGUCAGGCUCCAACGUCACAGCCGGGUCGACAGACGCUCCGACUUUCACCACUGCUGCCGCCGAGCCGCCGGACAACUCUUCCGACUGCCCCAACUCGACCGGCAAGGUGGCGACCGAGAAUGUCAAAGUGGGCUUGUUGUUCGCCUCCAAGGCCACAGUGCAGCUGAUAAUCAACCCCUUCAUUGGACCGCUCACCAACAGGAUCGGAUACCAGCUUCCGAUAUUCAUUGGCUUCUGCAUCAUGUUUAGCUCUACAAUCAUGUUUGCCUUCUCCUCGAGCUACGCGUUGCUGUUUGUGGCCAGAUCCCUGCAAGGUGUGGGCUCCUCCUGCUCAUCUGUGGCCGGGAUGGGCAUGCUUGCAAGUGUGUACACAGAUGAUAAGGAGAGAGGACAUGCUCUAGGGAUUGCCCUCGGAGGUCUGGCAAUGGGAGUUUUAGUUGGACCCCCAUUUGGUAGCGUGAUGUACGAGUUUGUGGGGAAGACUGCUCCUUUCCUCAUUCUGGCAUUCCUGGCGUUGUUUGAUGGAGCUCUACAGCUCUUUGCACUUCAGCCCACCAAAGUAGAACCAGAGAGCCAAAAGGGGACCCCACUGUUGACCCUCAUGAAGGAUCCGUACAUUUUAAUUGCAUCUGGGGCCAUUUGUUUUGGGAACAUGGCCAUCGCCAUGCUGGAGCCAACCCUGCCAAUCUGGAUGAUGGAGACCAUGUGUUCCAGGAAAUGGCAGCUAGGAGUCGCUUUCUUGCCGGCAUCCAUCUCCUACCUUCUUGGAACCUACAUCUUUGGAACACUGGCAACCAAGAUUGGGAGAUGGCUUUCUGCCCUCAUCGGAAUGGCGUUGGUGGGGGUCUGUGCGAUAGGGGUUCCAUUUGCAGCAAGUAUUUAUGGUCUCAUUCUCCCAAUGUUCGGGAUUGGUUUUGCUAUCGGCAUGGUGGACUCUUCUAUGAUGCCAAUCAUGGGAUACUUGGUGGAUUUGCGGCACGUGUCAGUUUAUGGAAGUGUGUAUGCCAUUGCUGAUGUGGCUUUUUGCAUGGGAUUUGCUUUGGGCCCGUCUAUCGGAGGAUCCAUUGCUGAGACCAUUGGCUUCCGCUGGUUGAUGACCAUCAUUGGAAUCGUGGACAUUAUCUUUGCUCCGCUUUGUCUCUUCCUCAGGAACCCCCCGGGACAAGAGGAGAAAAUAGCAAUUUUGAUGGACUCCAACUGUUCAAUGAAGACCAGGUCCUACUCCACGCAGGGGGGCUCCUAUCAGCGUGAAGGCAUGGGUCCAGACUACGAAGACUACGACUAACAGGAUGGCGGCCAUGCAGGGUAACACGAGCGAGGGUUCAGAUGAUCUAUUUUGUUGUAGAAAAAUGAGGAACGUGGAAAAAACAGCAAGAAAACAAAGCGGCCGCGAUGUCUCCGUGUGAAUGUCCUGCAUUGCGUCGUCUCUGUCCAGUGUCCUGUCAGCGCUCGUAGCGGGAAACCAAAGUUGAUCCGUGCUUGCAGGCGCAUCGUGUGAGAGACAUUUGCAGCCAACCGCCUUAUUUAUCACACUCGUGUUUAAAGAGCACAUGUUCACUCGUUCACUUCAAACACACUCCGUCCCUAAAGUCUGGACACAUCAGCAAACAUUCAUACACACCAAUCCCUCCUUUACGGACAGUGAUAAGUGAAUUUCCGCAAAGUAGAAAUGUUUUCAUAGUUUGAACACAGAAAACCUGUUUACGACCUUCUAAAAUCGGUUUUCAACAUUAUUAGAGCCCUCUAGAUGCGAAAUAACAUCCCUAGACUCUUAUGAGCUACUACAGCAGACAUCAUAACAGGAAAUACGACAUAUUAGACAUAAAUGAGACGUAAGCUAGGCUUCCUGGUUGUUUUCUUGUGGGCCGCGUGCUUCCUGUGGUGGCCGUUGUCUCAUCAGUGGGACACUUUUACAAUCAUUCCCUGUUUGCACCACUUUCUUUCUGUUUCAUUCAUGAUUCAUUGUUCUUGUGGCGAUAACGUACGCAGAUUAGAACAAUAUUUCCAGACUUUAGGGACACCCUGGAUGAAAAAUCCUAACGCAUCCUCUUCCAUGCCAUGAAAAGCCUGUUUUAUUUUGAAUUUUUGUUUGAAAUGACUCUGAAAUAAUUAAAUGUGUUGUUGAAAAAGUGUCCCCCCCCCUUCCUUGAAGUAGCGGACGACGGUGUCGGUAAAAGUGACACCGCCUUCUACGGCAUGUAGACAUCACAAACCCAACACGCAGGAUUCACUUUUGGGAACACUUGAAUCAGAGGGGCGGGAAGUAAAUGUGAAGUCCCAAGUAUUCGAGUAUAUAAGUAAUACCAGAAGGUGCCUAUUUGCCGCAUGCAUGUGCCGUCGGUGAUUCCAUUAGACGCCACUUUUCACGCACGUGUGUCAAGAAAAAAAGCCAAACAAACAGAUUGUCAGUGUUGAUGCUUGUGGUCG